UUCAAUGUACUCUUAAAAAUGGUUGUUUCAGUUGUAAACAAAAUAAUUGUUGAGGUUUUUAAAAAUAAUGGAGAAGAAAAGUGUUGAAGUUCAAGUGUUUGAUAGUGACUUUUCUGUGCUUCUUCGUGAAUCUUUAACAUAUGAAAUUAAAAUGGAAUCUCGUUCUAAGAGCAGACUGCGUAAUUUUGUUAUGAUAUGCAUAAUGUUAGCUUUAAGUGGUAUUGUUUAUUUUGGGUAUUUUUGUUCAGAUCAAGUAUGUGCUUUAACAACUCAAAAAAGUUCUUGGUCUGACUGGACGUUAAAAUUUCCGAUUCAAGAUAAUUUGGGCAAACCAUUAGCCUUACAUUCUAGUCCUAUUAAUUCCAAGUCUUCUAAUCCAGGCCUUAGUUAUGAUGAUGUCUUGAAUGAAAAUUUUCAGUUUGACAUGAAUGCUCAUGAUGUUAUGGUGUUUUUACAUAUUCAAAAGACAGGAGGGACUUCUUUCGGUAGGCAUUUAGUUCAGGAUCUAGAUUUACAAAGACCUUGUACUUGUCAACGGAAGAGGAAACGAUGUUAUUGCUUCCGACCAAAUCGGAAUGAAAACUGGCUUUUUAGCCGGUACUCAACAGGUUGGAAAUGUGGAUUGCAUGCGGAUUGGACCGAACUUACAAGUUGUGUAGACUCAGAACUGGAUAAGAAUGAAGGAGAUGCUGUAAAAAGGAGGUAUUUUUAUAUUACAUUACUAAGGGAGCCUAUCAGUCGCUACUUGUCCGAGUUUCGUCACGUACAACGAGGGGCAACGUGGCGCAACUCUCGCCAUUGGUGCGGAGGACGAGUUGCCACAGAUGCAGAGUUGCCUCACUGCUACCAGGGAUCCUCUUGGCGAGGUGUAACUCUAGAUGAGUUUGCAGCUUGCCCUCAUAACCUUGCAGCUAAUAGACAGACCCGCAUGAUGUCAGACUUGGCAUUGGUGGGCUGCUAUAACACAUCCUACAUGAGUGCCAGUGAACGAAAUAGAGUGAUGCUUGCAAGUGCCAAACGUAACCUCGCAGCAAUGGCAUUCUUUGCCCUCACUGAAUAUCAGAAGAUGGGGCAGUAUGUUUUUGAGGAGACAUUUAAUCUUCGCUUUGCAGUGCCAUUCGAACAACACAACUCCACUUUGUCUAGCAUGACACUGGCCAAGCUAAGGCCUGAUCAGAUCGACACCAUUAAAAGGCUCAAUGCAUUGGACAUUGAACUGUAUGAAUUUGCUCAGGAAUUGAUGAACAAGAGGUUCGAAAAGUUGCGCUCUCGUGAUGCUCAGUUUGCGGAGAGGUUCGCUCACUUGGGGGAACUGCCUGGGCGAGGAGCAGUGGAGUUCAACUGGGACCAGGAAGUGGACGAGACGACGCAGCACCAUGACACGUAGAACACCACUGUAUUUAUGGAUCUCUUCUUGCAUUUAUAUAAAUAUAAGUGGAUACGAACAAAAGUAAUGCAACGAAAAGAAAGUUACGCAUAAAGUGGUCUGUGUAUGUUCGCACAUUAAAGUACAUCUAAAAAUUUAUAUUCAUUACUCUAAGAUAAUUUUUUAUUUUAAAAUUAAAAUUCAGCUCUUAAAAUGAUACAAAAUAAUAGGUUUAAAUUUGAAGUUUAUAGCCCUGACUAUGAGGGAAUGUGAUUGUUCUAAUACUAGUAUUUUAAUUUGUUUUAAAUUUGGUGCUUCCACUGAUAGUCUUCCUGUGCUGCAGUAUUAUGCUAAAAAUGUAACAAUUUUUAUAUUUUGAAUUUUAGGCAUUAAAAAAAUUCACAUUGAUCACUUCAGAUAUUUAGUGAAUUUGACUGUCAAACAAGCAUUUUACUUUGGCAUAUUAAUGAUCACAAAUUCAAUCUGAUCAAUAAUAUCAACUGAAAUCUGUCUGCUAUAGACAGAAGCAACCAUGAAAUAUGUGGUAAUUAAAAUUAAGCUUUUAAUUAAUAGAUGGACCAUAACAGCUUGAUAAAUAUACAGGGUGUAAAAAAGUCCCACACUGACUAGGUAAUUCCCAAAAAAUUACAGGUAAAGUAAUAAAACUUGGUACAUCAUUACUGAACGUAUAAAUCUACUUUUUGAAGUAAUUACCAUUUCUUUGUCAUAUCAAGGGAUGAUCCGCAACGAGUCAGAAGAAAAUCUUUAAUGAGAGCUUAGGUCGAGUAGUACGUCAAAUCAAAGGUCUUUAUUAGUAGAGUACAAUGCCACAAAUCCGACCUUAAAGGGUUCACUCUUUAAAAAAUUAUUCUGGUUUGAAAUAUUUACAAUAUAGGUCCUGUUCUAGAUGGUUUAAUAUUCUUGUCUUGGCUUAAGCUGUGAAAGUUAAAAUUAUUAAAUGAAUACUGGACUUAAGAAAUGGCUUUUAAGGUAGUAGACAUCCAAUGGAGAAUGGUCUACAAGGAAUUUUAACCGUAAGCUUAGCUGAAGAUGUACAUCAUUAUAAAGGUUAUAUUACACUUUAAAACCAUGUACAUCUUGAGCUAUGCUUACGUUAAAUUGUUUUGCCGAACUCCUUGUUGACCAUCCCCCAUUGGAUGUGAAGAGUCACUAACUAUUAUUAACAUAAACAUCCAGGUAGUGUGGUAGCGAGAUUUUUCCUGAUAUGGCAACCGAUCAAAAAAGACUGUUCUUCACUCUCUGUAUUUGAACAUUAUCUACAAACAAGAAGCUGUUCUGUUAUUUAUUUUCUGCAUUUUUGUUGAGUCAGACUGGUUGGCUUAUUUUUUUAGUUUGCUGGAUUCCUACAUUUUGUAUCAUUUUUGUAUCAAAAUAUACUAAAAAAAACUACCAAUUUUAAUUUUCAUUUGGAACAAGUAGUAGGAUACUACUCUUAUUCUAUUCACAUAUUUUAUUGUCUGAUUACAAAACUGUUAUUUGUGGAGUUCCUUAGGGGUCAAUCUUAGAUUUGCUUUUGUUCUCUGCUUAUAUCAAUGACAUCAAUACUAUACUUGCAACGUACAAUGGUUCAUACAUAAGCUGAUAGAUAUCUAUAUUAACAAGUUGAUGACUUCAGUGAGGCUUUGGAGAGGACCAAUAAGGACAUUGAAAGGAGUGUGCAUUGGAGGGUGAAGUAAACAAUAAUUAGAAAAUAAAUGUAAUACAAUUUUAAUUUUGUUGGUUAAUUAUUAAAAUAGAUAGAUUGUAAACAAAAAUAUUUAUUUUGGAGUUUUAAAAUUAAAACGGACAGGUUACCACCUUGUACUGAAUUGAGAUAGAGAUAGAUUAGUAUAGCAUGUUAAAGGCACAAGUGCCUUUAAAAUUAAAUGUCAGACUAUCUAUAAACAAACAGUUAAUUAUGGUAAAAAAAGUACUUGUUUUAAUUCAUAUUUCACAAAUAUGACAAAAGAAACUCUUAAGGAAAAUUCCAGGUUCUGAGAGGCAAGUAAUAUAACUUAUAGUUUAAGAACUAAAAAGCAAACCCAAUAACAUUACAGACAGCAUUACAGAUAACACAACAGAAGUCAGGGAAUUAUCUCCAAUUUAAUACCAAAAGACUCCACUGGUCUAAAUGAGAUAUCUUAAAAAAAAAAAUACUAAAACACUUUGUGGAUUAGCUACUUUUCAAUAAAUCUUUUAUAGAAUUUUACACCUAAUUUUCAAAGUGGUGAAAAAACCCAUCUCAACCAGAUCGGGUUACAGACCGAUCUCACUUAUUUCAACUAUUUCUAAAGUCUGUGAAAACAUUGUCCUAAAGAGAUUGCUGGAAUUGUGCCAAGAAUAACUUGCUUAAUGAUCACCAGCAUGGCUUCACUAAUGGAAAAUCAACAACUACAGUAAUGAUCAAACUAACCACAAAACCAUUAUUGACAACUUGGAAGCAGUUAAUUUAUCAAUAGAAAUUCUGCUUGACUUAAGUAAGGCUUUUGAUUGCUUGAGUCACAAACAUAUGGCCCAUAUGGGAGUAUAUAACACUGCACAGAAAUGGUUUUAAAGCUAUAAUGGCAGCUGAUAACAAUUAGUGGAACUAAAGCACAACCAUAAUAGUAUCACUGUAGAAAUACAAUCAAAUCCCCCCCCCCCAGUCCAAAGUGGAGUGCCCCAAGGAUCGGUGCUAGGACCAGCAGUCUUCAUUUUAUUUGUUAACAAUAUGCCUCAAUAUCUAGGAGAAUUCUGCACUCCUUUAAUGUAUGCUGAUGAUGCAACUCUGCUACUGAACAGAGAAUCAUCAAAUGACUUAGCAGUGUCAUCUAACGUUGCCCUAAUUAUGGCAUACCAACCCUGCAAUGGAAAUGACCUGGUUACAAUCCUACUAAAACCAGUCAGAUAGUACUUAGAAGACGAGCAUCUGAAGUUGAAAUCAUUCCGGAUGUACAAAUGAAGCCUCAUAUUAAGUUCCUGGGCCUGACUCUAACAUCUAAGAUAUGGCCUUAGUAGAUUUUGAGAUUCUGGGGUGCAAGGGUAAUUCGAUAGGUCUAGUCUACUGUGGGAGAUGACUGUUGGAGUUUCGUGUGGUUCGUUCCCUAUCAGAGGUUCUUGCUAGCCUCAACAAAGGUGUGCCUCCCCUUGCCUGGUUUGACUGGAGAGGCUGGUUCAGAGCUGGCCUCCCCUUCUAGGGAGACAUGACUGAGAUUCGUGCCCUAAUUCUUCCUCAUGGAUCUCGAUAGGAGGUGGCCCCUACCCCGUAACCUUACCCAUCCUAAAUAUCCUGUCACUCCGGAAGCAGCGCUAAGGUUCUUACAGGACUAAGUGCAAAUUAUAAGCGUCUUGUCCUAAGUGGACAAGAAAAAAAAAAGAUAUGGCCUUGCUGUAUAGGGUGGUACAGCAGCAAGAAAUCUAAAAAUAGGCAUGAUCAUCCAGAAAAAUCUAACAGAACCCUAGCAGAUCUACGUCACCUGAAAAGUUGCAGAGAUGCUUUCAAAUCUUUGAAAAUUAUGACAAUAGUUGCUCUAUACAUAUUAGGAGAUGUAAUGCAUGCUGAUGGAGAUCUGCUUAGAAGCAGAAAUAUUCACCACUAUAAUACCAGAAAUGGUGUUUUAUACAACCUUCCAGUACAUCAUCUAAAGCUAAAUAAAUCUAAACCGAACUGUCACAACAAACUACCACAAGAGCUGCCAUACAAGAGGGGCACUCACUAAGAGUAGGACUGAAAGAAAAGCUCAUGGACCGACCUUUUUACUCUUUUGAAGAAUUUUUCCAUGGAACUUUCAAGGACGGACCUGAAUCUACCAAUAAAAAUAAAAUCUGGACACUAUUUGUAAUCUUGAUGAUUAUUAAUAAAGAUGAAUCUGAUUUUGGUUCUGAUUUGAUGGCGGUUUACAUUUAACACUUAACUUAUCCCCUAAUCCUCCAUUUAGGGAUGGGUGUUAAAGUUGUCGUCUAUAACAAAACUUGUAAAAAGCCUAGAAUAUUGUUAAAUAUUUCUUUGCAUAUUUUAUGUAGAUAAAUUCUUAACAAAAAUAUUUAUAUUUAAUUUUGUAUAAUUAUUAUAAGAAUACAUGAGAAAGUUCAUUGAAAUAUAUAAAACUCUACUAGCAACAUCAUCAUAUUGUGAUUGGGUUUUGGUGUCACCACAGCCUUUAUAGAACAGUUCUGUGAUAAGUACUAAUGGGUGAAUUUUCGAACUGUUAAGAAUUGCAUCAGUAACUACCCCACAACACACCACAUGAUAUUAUCUAUUCUCUCACGCACAUUUAAUGCUUUAAGUAUUCUCCAAUGCACAUGCUGUACACACGGAUGUUUUCCUAUAAAUGUAUUCAGAUUCUCAAUCUGGCACUCACUACAUUAGCAUUGUGGUAUGGCUCACUGAAACUCUCAAUGAUUUACUGUACUUUUACUUUGUAUAUUUGCAUUCAGUAAAUUUUUAAUAUAUUACUAAAAAUAACAAUCUAUUAUCUAUUUCUCCAAAUAUUUCCCCAAUUUGCAAAAUGUUUCCCUGAUCCUCGAUUGCCAGAUCGGACAUGUUCUGCACUCCUGGACAUCUACCUACCUAGAAACGACUGUAUAAAUCUGGCAAAUAUAUUAAAAUAAUUCCAAUGUGAUUUGUACAUAUUUUAUGAUCUUUCUAAAAUGUCUGUAAGAAAAAUCAAAACUUAUUCUGUGUGUGUUACUGCUGAAUAAAUAAACCUAGACUAUUAAAACCAUUUUCUGAUUCUGAACAAAUGCAUUGAAAUACAUUUUUAGAGUUGUUUAGUAAUGAGUUUGCAUUUUUAAGAGCUGAAUUAAAGUUUUAUAAAGUUACUAAAGAAAGAAUUAAUUUCAUUGUAAAUGUGACGUUUAUAAAACAGGUUAUGAGAAUUGAGUAGAGAAAACAGGGUUAUAGUUGGGCAAGAGGUAUAUAUCUUGUGUAUUUAUAAAUGUAUUAAGUGAGUUGUAACCAUUUACAAAUGAACAAAGGGAAUAUUUUGCAGCUGCUGUACUGAGUAAAGUAGGCAGGUAUGUGUGAGAUUUUUGGGCAGGUACUGGUGCAGUUAUGUACUACAAAUACUGAAAUGGCCAUAUUGAAAUAAGAGAGAUGAAUACUACUCUCAAUAUGCCUCUGCAAGCGAGGGGGUUGCAUAAAUUAUAUACUUGUAAAAUGUCAACAAGUUUGAGAAAUUUAACUUUUAAUUCACUGUAGAACAUUAAGUUAUAUGAUGUAAUGUACACAGGAAGUUAUCGCACAACUUUCUGCUGAGUAUACUGCAGCUGUAAAAUUUAGGAUUAAAGUAAAUAUAUUUGUAUCUUGCUAAGAGGACUUUAAAAUUCACAAGAAACAUUUUUCAAUUGAAACUUUCUGUGAACAUGCAAGCACACCUUAUGGCAAUUUGUUCACUUUACAAUAUUAUUAUUGUCUGAUAUGUUAAUUUUUUAAAUAUGUUUUUCUUAAUCUCACAAGAAAUACAAGCAGUUUAGGUUGAAAUGAUAAUUUACGGUAAAUAGUAGUUGUGUUGGGGCAUUUCAUGCUAGAAAAUUAGUGCAUCAUGUUGAUGUUCAAAGUCAUAGACAUGAGUGACUUAGUGCAUAUUGAGGUUAUUUUCACCAAAUGUUUAGUCAUAUUGGAUUAAUACUACAUGUUUAACAUUUGUCUGGUAAUUUAAAAAAUAGAAUUAUUCCAAAACAUCUUGUGACAUAUUCAAAGUCAGCUAUUUCAGUGGAAUCCAGAGAACUUUGUCUGCAGUUGAAAACUGGUUCAUUACUGCACGUCUGAAACCGAAUAAGAUAACAAAGAGGAAAGUGUGAUAAAAUAAGCAAAGUAUCUUCAAAUGCUAGUGUUAUUGGUUAUAUUAUUGUUAUGGAUUUCUUAGACUUUUUUUGGAAAAAAUAAAACUGUAUAAUGUGAAAAAAGUUUCAAAAAAAUCUAUGGUUGGCCCACAAAAACCCAUUAGUUCAGUCAUUACUUUCCAGUUCUGGGUCCAAAAUUGAUUAAAGCAGAGUUCCAUCAGGCCCAGUUAUCUCAUGUAUAGUGACUUGGAUCAUAAUUUAUACCUGCUUUAGUUAUGGUACCACACCAAAGUCAUAUACCUCAUUUUUGAUUGGCUGAGGGUUUAUACUGCUGUAUUAAUAUCAAAAUAUCAGCUGUCAAAAUAAAAUGAUGUGAAUAUUUAUUAUUUACUUUCUUUACAGUUCUUUUUUUGGGUUACAACUGUUGGCAUAAUUCAUCCACUUUGCCACAUUUAUUCAUGUUUAAUUUAAUUUUUAUAAAAUUUUGUUUACGAUACUCGCACUCAGUUUUCUUCUUUUAACUCUUUAACAUCUUUUAUGUUGAAUGGCAUUUGAUAUAUGCUUAUAAUGUAUUGCGAACUAAAACAAUGGAACAAUUCAAGUGAAAUGUUUACAAAACAAAAUUAUUUUAUACUAAUAAUUUUGGAAUUGCACCACAUGUAAGAUGUAGGAAUGUAAAGCUUCCAGUUUCCAGUGAGCUAGGUAGUGUACUUACUACAAUGGGAAUGUGUUGGAAUAAAAUCUUUGUAACGAUGUUUAACAUUACCUUUCCACUCUAUUUUUUCUUUAUUACUCUAUGUCCAAUACUAUCCAAAUCUUUCCAUAUUUAUAUGAGGGAAUAUCCCAUAUUUGGUUCCUUUUGGAUUACAAUCCAUCCCACUAUAAGAAAUAGCUGGCAGGAAAUUGGGUUCUAUUCAAAUUUAUUAAAAUGUUGUGGACUUUUUUCAACUAUUUUAUGAUCUGAUUGAAGACUCUAUAUUACAAUUCUGAUAAAAGGUUAGAUAACUUAUCCCAAUCAUGUAAUAGCAAUGGUGUAAUACAAUUAAACUGCAGUAUCUUGCCGCAAGGUGUGUGUCUGUGUGUAAAAUACAUAGUUUUAAAAAAUAAAGCACAAACUUCUUUAUGCCAUUUGUGUUUAAUGUUGAGGAGUUCUGGUAAAAUAAUUUGUGGUGUAAAAAGUAUGUUAUAACUUUAAUUUCUGAAAUAAUAAGGUGUUUACAUCUUACUGCAUUAAAACCAACUGUAUUUCAUGUGUAUUGUGUUUGUAAAAUUGUUAAUUUUAGUACUAGUACAGAAAUGAAAAAUUAUUUUUUGUUCAUUAUGUUUAAUGUUUCAUUUUAGUUUUCAGAUGUGCAAGAUGAAAAGAAAAAAUGUUUGUUUAUAAUUAAUAUAUCAUUAAUAUUUGUAGUAUGAUGAAACAUGUUGUUAUUACCUGUCUAAAAUAGCUAUUUUGGUACUCAAUUGAAUAAAAUGCAUGCUCACCAUCAGCUCGCAUGUAAAAUAUGAUCUCGUACCAUUAAAUAAAAUAUAUUAUUUACUGAUCUGACAAAACUUCAUAAUAAAAUAAUAAGGAAGUUUUACAUUAUCUUAUCUAUUACACCAGUGUAACGUGUGUAUGAAUGAAUGAUAAUUAUUAACAUUUAGUGUUGUUGAUUAAAAGAGGUAUUAGAUUAAAACUGUGUAAUUUCCUUUACUUUAGGUCUGGUAAACAAUACCCACCUAAUGUUUCUAAUUUAUAUAGCUGCCAUAUCUAUAAAUUAAGUCUAAAAUAAAUUUCUCAAGAUAGAAACGUUAUCUUUGCUAUAUAUGCUGUUGUUAGUGUUUAAGGCUUUGUAUGUUUAUAGAUCAAUUUUAUGUAAGGCAUUUAUUUUUAAAGAUCAUAGUAAAGAUUAAAAGUACGAUGAAAUAAGGAAAUGAUUAUUUUUGCCUCAAUUUGUACUAAAUAAGAUAUUUUUAAAUUGUGUAUCAGGUAAAAAGUUCAUAUUGUUAGAAAAUAUGAGUAACAUUUUGUAAUAAUGUAAUGAUUAAUGUAAUAUGCUGAUAGUCUUGUGAUAUCUUUUAGUUUCUAUUGGUGAAUCAAUAUAUGAUAUGUUUUUAUUCAAUUUACGUCAGUAAUAAUUUGUGCUUGAAAAACUUUGUUUUCGAAUAUUUGUAAAUUAACUUGAUUGCUAGUAUAAUACACAGUCUAACAUUAAAUACUAGUAAUAAAAAGCAAAAACAAUUUGAAAUUCUACUUAUUCUAUACCAAAUUAAAAAUCUUAAUACUCUAUAUUGAUAUUAUUUUGUAUUUCCAAGUUAUGUUUUUAAUCACAGAUUUGAAGAGUUGUGGACUUACUUGUAGGGUAUAACAUCCAGUAAAUUCUUGUAGAAGUUCACACGCAAGAAUAUAUAUAUCACAAAGAUUUUGGUAUCAAUUGAAAAAGAUACAGGUUCUUAACCAAUAUUCCAGCUUGAUGCGACUUAUGAAUUAUCACUAAAAAAGAAAAAAAAAGAACUUGUGUCAAGUUGUUAUAAUAAUGUUUAGUUAAGUUUUAGUUACCAUUUCUUUUGAUUGAUUAUAAUAGUUUUUUAAUUGGAUUAUAAUCUGUGUUUUGAUUACUUUUCUAUAGUUUCAUUUCUUAUCUGUAUAACAAUAAUUUUUAGUUGAUAUUAAGACAUAUGUCUUGUACCAGAAAGCAGUAAAGCUAUGAGGUAAUUUUUGUAUUUGCACAAAUAUCUGUAACAAGAUUUCUAAAGAAUAUUAUUUUUCACUAUUACAAAUGUGAUUAUUGCCAAUUGUUGUUGGUAAUAAAAAUUAUUUGCAAUUUUAAAGACUGAUUGAAGUUCGAAUUGUGCACAGUUUUAUAAAUAAUAUUUUAUUCACCUUAUAUUUUUAUGUCAUCUGCAUUUCAUGAAAAGUAAGACUAUGGUAUGUAUAACAAUAUAUAAUGUGGGUAAUAUGUAUAUAUUCCUGGUGAUCUUUUUUUAAAGAGCUUGUAAAUUUGCUGAAUACAGAUUGACCAUUUUGAACUUCUAACCUACUGACAGAUUUAAAGUUAACCACGAAAUAUAUAAAACAAAAAAAUUGGAAUCUGGGCUCCUAUCACUAUUACAAUAUUUUGUAAGAAUGUGAAACAUUUAGCUCUGCCAUUCAUUAUCCACUUUUACAUACUGUACCUUUUGUCUCUGGGUAUUAGAAUCUAGAAUUUCAAACAAUAUUUUUAAAUUGCAUUAUUAACCUUAAUAUGGUUAAAAAUUCCUUUAUUAUACUUUAUUAUUUAUACAGUUAGUUUGAACAAUUAACAGUCAUAGUCAUAGUCAUAGAUCUUUAUUCAAAGCUGUAAUAUUAUAAAUACAGUCAGAAUAGUGUCACAAAUACAGAUAGACUAAUAUCAUCACAGAUACAGGUUAACUUAUCUAAAAUCUUAUGUUAACUUAACAUAAAUAUUGUUAAUUUAAAUAACUAAAAUCAACUCAAUUUUUAUUUUUGUUUAAUGGCCCAAACUCUCAAAAAAUUCUUCAAAAGAAUAAAAUGAUCGUGAUAUGAGAUAAUUUUUCAAUUUAUUUCUAAAUGGAUUGAUUCCUUCAAUUUUUUUUAUGUCAAUAGGAAUGUGUUGAAUAAAUCGUGUUGUACCGGCGUAUUCAGUUUUCUUUUUAAACAGCUCUAAUUUAUGAUUUUCAAAAAUUAUACCACUCCUAGUAUUAUAUCUAUGAGUGGUUUAGUUAGGUAUAUUUUUAAAUUUUGUGUAAGUUAUUGUAUUGUAUAUGUAUUGACUGUAAACAGUUAAAAUUCUUAAUUUUGCAAAUAAAUCAAACAAAGAAUCAUAUUCAUUAAUUUUAGUUUUUAGCACAAUUAUUGAUUCUUUUUCAGUUUUUUUACAUUCAAAACUGUUGCACUAACAAGAAAUAGCGAUAGAAGUGGUCUGGCAACCUGAGGUGACUUGAUCAUUAAAUCAUUUUGCUUAACUCACAUGUUUAUCAUAUGUAACCAAUUUGGCCUCAUUGCCUCUUCAUAUUUUGUAAUAAUGAUGUUUGUUUUGUAUUUAUAUUUUACAUCCUGAUGAAGGUUAAACCGAAAUAUAGAGUUUUAAUACUAUCUUUUUGUGUUUCUUAAUGUGAUUAAUACACAUGUGAUUAACACAGAAUGUGUCUCCAAGUUAUCUAAAUAAAUUUUUUGUGUAUUUCUUUUUAUAUUGACAAAAACUUAAUGUUAUCUACAAAUAGCAAAAUUGUUUUUAUUGUUCCCAACUUAUCCAAAGAAAAAUGUUGUAAAAGCUUGCUAGCCUUUUUCUAAAUUUAAUAAAUAAAUAUAAUUUUUUAAACUCAUUGUUACAGUUUUGGUAAAAAUCAAAUCUUUAAAAAUAAGAAAUCUGAAGCAUAUGGUCCUAAAAGGGCUAAACAGUUAUUCUUCAUAAAUUUGAAGGAGAAUAGUUCAAUUAAAAUCUGUUUUGUUAUUUGUCCUGUUUUCAGGUUUUUUUUUGUAUUACUUCCACACAGUUAGUGGUAGUAAAUUCAAUAAAUUCAAUUGUAAUUGACUCGCAUGUAUCAUUUAUGUUUUUAUUUUGGAAUUGCGCAUCAUAAAAGACAAAUAGUGAUAUUAUUGUGUGGGUUUUUUAGUUUUGUUAAGUAACUAUUGAAAUCACUGUUUUUCAAACAAAAUUGAGGCACAGUCUGCUUAAUUAAAGAGAUUCAAAAUAUUUUUAUCUACUAAAGAUUAAAAAUUAAUAAUAUCAUCGUGCUUGCUAAAUGUUUUACUACAGAUAAAUUAUUCUACUAAAUUAUUUUACAAUUAUUAUACAACUAACAUUUUCAUAUGAUGAAUGAAUGUUUCAAUUUCACCCCUACUGUAUAAUUGAAUUUACCAAAGUGUCCUGCACAUAAUAUGUAUAGGUUAUAUUUAUAGGGUGUGAUCUCAGUCACAGCAAUAACUCGUAGUUUGCUUUCAAUGAAAUAAAGAAUAAGUAGAUGUUUAAUUUAGGUAUUCAUUUUCAAUACUUGAAUUUAAGAAAGAGUUUGAAGAAAUAUGGUUACAUAUUAAAAAGUUCUGUAUACCUUUUAAUUAGUUUUAAAAAAAAUCAAUUUUACCUGUCCAAGUUAAAUUUUUUUAAUCCUUGAUACGAUUUUAUUAUCAGUAAGAUAAUAUUACCAUAUUAUUGUGGUUGCAAUAUUUGGAACUAAUUUUCAUUCAUCGAACCAUAGACAUACCAACAUAUAUAUAUAUAUAUAUAUUAUGUCGACACACAUUUUUAAUAUUAGUUUGAAGUCAUUUUUCACUUCAGUCUUUGUGUUGUUGUAUAUAGACAGACAUCAUAUAACAAAUGCCAUCAGAAAACAUACAAAUGUUUGUUUAAUGAUUAAACAUUUACAACUAAACAAUAAGAACAAAUUUUAGAAAAAUUGUUUAUUUUGUUUGUACAAGAAGCAAAUAUGAAUGGCAUGGUGGAACCCAAUACCAUGUACAAAUUGAUGUGGAGUAAACACUCAUAUAAAGUUUAAAUUUUGAUGUUCAAACAAAUAGAAUUUAAGUGAAUGUUGUUAUUAUAGAUGGUUUUAAAAAUUCUGUCAGCAUAUUUAAAAGAUCUUUGCAAUUUUUUAUUAAUGUUACAGGAAGAUACCAUUACGUUUUGAUAUAAAUAUAACUUAAAUAACUGAUAAAUAACUUAAUUCUGAUUAAAUCUUUCCACAGAAGAACAUUUAUCGAAUAAGUUGAUUUUAUAAUCAAGAAUUAAGUUGAUGCUCAAUUUAAUUUAUUUUCUAUUAUCUUGCAAUUUAUUUUAUAUUUAUAAACUCAUUGUGUUAUAUUAUUAUUGUUUUAUUAUUAUGUAAUACUACCAGAAAACCCCCUCCAUCAGUGUAGAUUCUCUGUUAAUUUUUGGUGCAGUUUUGUGUGUGAUAACAUUACUCAUUUAGCAUAAGUUGUGUUUAAUCUCCAAUGUACAGUUUCAGAAGAUUGUGUAAAUGUUAUUGUUGCUGUGGUGUAAUAUUACAAAAUAUAUAUUGUACAUCUUGUAUAAUUACUAAGACAAAAGGGGAAUUUAGUUUUUAGAUUUAUAACCCUCUGGAUCCUAGAUGAGAUGGUAUUUUGCAGGAAUUACUUCAAAAACUCAUAAAAAAUUAUUGCAAGCAAAGUUACGAAAAUCUCCAGGUGCAGGCAUGUUCUUGCUUCAGUAUUUGUUUUUGGAUAAUUUACAUGAAAUAUUGAAAUUCUUUGAACCUUUUUCUAUAAAUUAUAUAUUUUAUUAUUCUUUGGUGCUAUGUGUCAUAGACCUACAAUUAGUUGCAUUGGUCAUAAAAUUAUAGUUAUAAAUAAAGUAAAAUAAACAAAAUGUUUUGACACAGUGUAAUUUUUUGCUUUACUUAUGAAAAUUCAAAAGCAUUGUUGAAGUGUCUUCUUAUGCUUUCUUACAUCAUUUUUUUUAAUACACCAAAUCUUAACUAUCGGAUGGCAGAUUAACUGUAAUGUGGGGACUAAAUGUGAAAAAUGAGACAGAUGUAAAAUUGUUAAGGUAAUAAAAGUUUCCUCCUUUAAAUUAGCAUAAGUAUUACUACUAGUUUAGUACUAAACUUUUAUAAAAAGUUUUGUGGCUUAGACAAGACAAUUACUAGCAUACUCGUACUUAUCAGCAGCUAUUAAUUGUUCCUCAAUGCGAUCUAAAAUAGCUCAUUUAGUUCUGAGGAUUCUCAAUCUUCAAACAAAUUGUUUAAUUAUAUUUUUUAGUUUUAGCUUCAAUAUUUUUGUUAGAUUAUACUAAAUAAUUUUUAUUUUUGUGUUAAUGAAUGUUAUGUGAUUGUGUAUUUCUCCGACAGUCAAGGUGCCAGAUAUGAAUUUUUUGUCAAUUCUUUAGAAUAAUUGUCCAGUUGUUAGUGAUUUGUUAUUUUGUACUGAAGUAUCUUAUCUUAAAAUGAACUUUUCUGUUUAGUGAGGAAAUACUUGUGAUUAUAAUUCUAUAAUCAUAUUAAUUUUUACAAUGAAGGAAAUAAAAUUUUUGUCACUGACUUAAUCUUUUUUUAAACACGUUCACGACAACAUGUACCCCUUCUUUACAGUACAUGCGAUUUUUUACAACUGCCAUUGUGUACUCCAUCGGGUACACACCGAGCUUUCGUAAAGCGCAUCAUGUGCCCGAUGGGGUACACAUUGCUAUGCAAUUCCUUAUUGUGUUUUUACUGUUUGCCUGUCUUGGUGGUUUGUUAAAUCUGAUCCCAUGCUUAAAUAAAUUCCUCAGACUAUCGUGUACUCUAUCAAGCACAAAUUUGCCUAAUUUUUAAGGUAAAUUAAUUUUUUAGAUACCCCUUGGGGUACAUGGAAAAACAUUUAAAAAGCAUAUUAUGAAAAUAAUUAUUUUUGUGCAAAAUUGUAAAGCCUACAUACUUUUUUUUAUUAUACUCAGACAUUUAACAUAAAAAAAUUAUUGCGGUUUUUUGCUACUAUUAUUGAAAAAAUCUAUUGCAAAUAAAGUCCGGAAACAAGCCAUUGUCGUGAACAUGUUAAUGAUUAAAUUGAAUUUACCAUUGUGUUUUGAUAACAAUAAUUACAAUAUGUAACAGCAUAUUUUUGUAUAUAUUUCCUUAUGAAAGUUAAACAAAAUAAUGUUUUAUAUUCUUAUCUAACUUUAUAGCAGAAAUAAGAAUUCAAUUGAUUAAAAUAACUUUUGUUUUCACUUGAGAGAUAUGUUUGUUUAGUUUAAAUUACCAUGAUAUUUUAUUUUAACACUGCAACUAUCUGAACAGACGAUAUUGUAAUAACUACAACUGCUGUGUGUAACAGUGAAAGAGUUAAAUAUUGACUGUAUUAACUCUCAAGCACUAAAGAAAAUUUGGGUCUUUUUCAAUUAGUGUGCAUUUAUAGAUUUUAAAAACUUUGUUUUUGCUUACAUUACAGUUUUUCUCUUUUAGGAGAAAUUACAAAAAAUUUUGUUUGAAUUCCACCAUUUUUAUACUUAGGUGCACCGUAUGAUUUUAUCUGCAAGCCCUGCCUCGCAUAAUAAUAUAAAACAUCGAUAAAAGAACAACACUGGUUGUUUAUUGUUUUUUCACAUGCCACGCAAUCUAAUUUGCUUCCCGACAGUCAUAAGUCAACAUAUUUAUACAUUCUUAUAUAUUUAAAGCAUUUUCUUGAACUAUAUACAAUCAACUAAAAUAAGACAAUACGGAUAUUCUCAUAUGCCGAGUUUACCACAGUUCCAAUGGCAUUGACAUAUCUGUAUUUAAGGGUUAAUGUUGUUCAUUUUUAAGAUCUAUGUAUAUUGCUUAAUGUCACUAUAAUUAAUUAUGUAUAAAAUUGACUGAUAAAAGUCCAAAUAGGUCUUCAUUAUUUAAAAUCUUAUUACACACUACCUCAGGUAAAUUUUAAAUGUUUGUGUAUUGAAAUAACAAGACUUGAAUUAGUUUUACUGUUAUUAUUUAAUAAUGAAGUGUUGGAGUAGGAGUAUGCUACUUGUCUUAACACUGUUAUUUAUUAUUUUUAUGAUAUUUUUAAGGAGGGAUCCUUUACCAUGUGUGAAUUAUUUAGUUGUUUGUCAAUGUUUUAGAUUUUUCUUUUAUAAUAUGUGUUCAAUAUAUAAGUAAAGAUGAGAGAUUUUCACAUUGCCAAACUAUGUUCAUGAAUGCAGAGUAAAAUAUAACCCAGUAAUAUACAAUAUUAUAACAAUACUUUGCAUGAUUCUUUAGAUGUAUAGUAUUAUUUCAAGGUUAUAAAUUGUAUAAUUUACUGUCAAAUUGUAUUUUAUUACUCAUUCAUGCUACUCACUCCAAUAAUUGGUUACAUUAAACCUCCAGAAGGUUGGUGGUGGUCUUGAUACUCUGUUCCUGUUAAGUUUAUAUUGAUUAAACAUGCUAGUACAUUAUCAGUUUAACUUGCAUGAUUCACUGGUCCAUUAAAGGAGUAGCAGGAAAUCUCAGAACGUUGCUGGUAGUCUGUACUUGCCUAGUGGGAGAGUUACAUAUACACAAACCCAACACAUUUUGGCAGGGCUAUUCCGAUGUUUUUGAGUACCCUUUGUAUUUUAAUUGGGCUUAGCUAUUCAAUUUUAUUAACAGUGCUGACCCUUAAUAUUGUGUAUUGUACUCAAGUUUUAAAAUAAGUUCUUCAGUGAAUUUUGAUAUACUAGACUACUGUGAUAGAUUUCACGUUGGUCAGACAUCUAAUUGCUGUGAUCAGAUCUCAUUUUCCAAAACUCUAAAAAUAAAUAUGCUGCUUUCAAUUAUCAAUCAUAUUUAAAAUAGUGCCCACAAGGUUUCGGAAAAAUUAAUGAUAUAUUCAUUAUGAACACUUAUGCAUAUUGUAUGAAAUCCAAAGAACAUUUCUUAGUUGUCAGUGAAUUAAACAAUGAGUUUUACAUUUUUUAAAUUGUAAAUUUGUAUUUCUAAAUUUUCAUUAAUAUCUCAUAGUCAUAAAUAGAAACUAGGGGGACAACUCCAAAUUUUUAGGUCUCUUUAAGCUCUGAGGCCAUGAUGCAUUUCCACUGUUUCCCUAUUGAUAGUUUGAAAUUGCAAUAAUCACUUAAUGAUUAAAAGUUACAAGCCUAAAACAUUCCAAGAGGCUUUACAAAAAUGUAGAUUUUGUGAGCAGGAAUAGUUAUAAAGUAGUUCUCUCAAUGUCUUGUUAAAAUAUUAUGUAAAAAGAAAACCUUUGAAACUAUUUAUAAAAUGUAUCCAAAGACUAAGUAUACAAAGACAAUUAGUUUAAUAGCUGCUAAUUAUAUAAAGAUAUUAUUGUGAGGUACAAAAUAAAAAUUAUUUUGUUACUGUUGUUUGUCACUCAUUUAAAUCAAGUUAAAUAGUCAUAUGUUUACUAAUUUACAAUUUAGAAUUUAAAGACUUAGUUUAAGAACACCGUCCUAAUCUGUGAACUCCAAUUUAACCAUUAGGUUAGUUGCAUAUCAUAAAGGCUUGCAAUGUAUGUAAACACUGUAUAUAGUAUAAAUAUAUAACGUACAAAUAUGUU